AUGAGGUCUGCUGCAGCCCUCACCGUCGUUUUUCUCGCGCUCUGCAUCUCCACGGCUAUCGGCUCAACAAGUGCGAACAGCCAUCGCUUUGAUGUUCGUCAGCGUCGGACAGAUUCCCACGCAAAGCGCUCUCUCGGUGGCGCUCUCCCGGCAUCGGAGCACCCUUUUGCCAAACGUGAUGCGUCCACUUACAUGGCAUCGACGCUGCCAGAGAACAACGAAGGCGAGGUGAGUUUCCGCGGGUCGAAGGGGAUUAUUCGAUGGUAGCGCAACGUGCUCGCCAGGCGCAGAUGCGACAGACGCUUUUCAGCUAGGGACGCCAAAGUUGCAUGAGUGGGAUGCGAGGGAGGAACGAGCACGCCUUCUGGGUUCCCUGGAGUAGCGUGGCAUUUCCGACCAAGCCAUCGCCAUGACUGGUUUCUCUUUGUGCUCUUGGUACAGGCGUCGCGCGACGUCCGAGCCCACCUCGGUUUGCUGAGCGACAGUGUCGUGUUAUCGGCGGAUGGAAGAGGUGAUCGGUGCUGUGUAUCACACUCGGUCGGCCCACUGCUUUCUUUCCUCGAGCCACCGCCAGUCUACUAGUAGCGACAGCGUACACUUCUUCCGAGGCUUGCUGCUUCUCGAUUUGCAUCAAGGGUACCCGAUGGUUGGCUCAACGCUCCUCUUCCUGCUGUCGCUCGCGCAUAAGCUUCGUGCGGCCGGUGGAGUCGAGAGGCAUUGAGACGUAUCACCACCACCCCUAUAUAGGCCUAGAGAGGUCAGGAAAUGCCACGGUCGCUCGAUAAUCGGCCUCCGCAGUUCAGCGAGGUCGCGCACCAGAUUCCAUGGUCCGGCAGCGGAGUUUGGGCGUCCAAGGCACUAUGCCGUCCCGAAGACGCGGGAGUUGCGCGGUACUGCAUGGCUUCCCUUCGCUGCAUACUCUUGAGCCGCUGUGUUAGAUCUGGAAUUGCGUCGUCGUCGUGUUCACACUCUCAUCGGUUCGCGCCGCUGACUACUUGCGCCUCAAUUUUUGAACGCAGGAUCACUCAGAUCCUCAAGACAGCGUACCCAAGGGGGCGCGCCUGACCAGCAUCGAUGUUGGUUCAGACGGUGAACAGAUUGCGACGUACAUCAGUGACAAGGCCGAAAAUGACAAGGCUACGCACGCCUUCAUCAUGAUCCAUGGCAAGCUCCGAAACGGCGGCGAAUACUGGACGACGAUGAACAACGUGCUGCAGAGCGCCAUCGACGCCGAUUACAAAGGAGUGGACGAGAAUGCCAUCAUCAUCGCACCCCAGUUCUACUCGACCAAAUUUAACGAAAAGCAAUACAGCAAAAAUGAACUCGCUUGGCCUGACGUCAAUGCCUGGCAAGCUGGUGAUCCGGCGAGUCACCCAGACGGCACCCAGCUGACGUCUAUCGACGCACUCGACGCCAUCAUUGAUUCGCUUGCAGAUCAGGACACGUACCCAGCCCUCACCAACGUCACGGUCGUUGGCCACGGUGGGGGAGGACAACUCGGACAGCGCUACGCGACCAUCGCCAAGGAUCAGCCGUCGAACAUCCACAUUCGCUACAUCCACGGUGAUCCCUCCAGUGGUGUCUACUUCACCAAGGAUCGGCCGCUCACCGACGAAAGCGUGGCCAACAUCACUGACUGCCCUCUUUACAACACGUGGCGCUAUGGAUUUGACAACUUCACCGGCACUGCCGAUGGUCUCAAGAAGCCCGAGGAAUACUUCCAACAGUAUAUCUCGCGAGAUGUCGUAUCCAUCGUUGGGUAUCAGGACACCACAGCAGGCGGUGAUCAAUACUGCAUGGCUUUGCUGCAGGGAGGUGUCGCCCGUCGGGACCGCAAUUUGGCCUGGUGGCAGUACAUCAACACCUUGGCUCGCACCAAUGAGGAUCUGACGGGCUUCCCUGGCAACUUCAGCAACUUGCCGGACUGGUCAAAUUUGAGCCAAGGCAUCAUCGGCACCAAGCUUGUUGUGGUCGAAGACGCAGACCACGAUGCAGAGAAAGUCUUUGAGAGCGACGUGGGACGUGCCGCUCUGUUUGACGUCGAUAAUUUGCCUACCGGGUGGAGACCCAAACAUUGGGUGCAGAAGCCCGCCAUCAAAAAGAGCGUUCCGUCCUCGUCCACUUCUGCUGACAGCGCACGCUCUACCGACGCUGUCUCUGAGGACGAUCAACAGUCAGGCGCAAUGAGUACCCUCCUGAAGCACCCUAUUACCCUCCUGAGCAUUGCCUUGGCAGCUGGAACCGCUUCCUGUCUUUACUUGUAG